CCUUCUGCUUCACUUUGACAGUACCGAUAGGGGCAGCAGGCAGGUUCGACUCGCCCUCCCGGAACUCUGCAGCCGCAGCGGGUCUGAUUAUUUUAACAUCGGGGUUCGGUCCAACAUGGCGGCGCACGGAUGGAAAUACUGAUGACAGUCCGAAAGAUCGCCUCGAUUUGUACGAUGGGCGCCAAUGCCUCUGCCUUGGAAAAGGAGAUUGGACCGGAACAGUUUCCUGUUAAUGAACACUACUUUGGAUUGGUCAACUUUGGCAACACCUGCUACUGCAACUCGGUGCUGCAGGCUCUGUAUUUCUGCCGACCGUUCAGGGAGAAGGUGCUGGCGUACAAGGUGCAGCCUCGGAGGAAGGAGUCCCUCCUCACCUGCCUGGCCGACCUCUUCAACAGCAUCGCCACCCAGAAGAAAAAAGUCGGAGUCAUCCCUCCCAAGAAAUUCAUCUCUCGGCUAAGGAAGGAAAACGAGUUGUUUGACAACUACAUGCAGCAGGAUGCCCACGAAUUCCUCAACUACCUCCUCAACACUAUCGCAGACCUCCUCCAGGAGGAGAAGAGCCAGGAGCGACAGCACAACGGAAAACUGGUGCAGAAUGGGAGCGGAUGUGGUGACGGAGGGGGCGGCGGGGGCGAAGGCGACAGCGGGAAGGAGACGCAGCAGACGUGGGUCCACGAGAUCUUCCAGGGAACGCUGACAAACGAGACGCGCUGCCUCAACUGCGAAGCUGUGAGCAGUAAGGACGAGGACUUCCUGGAUCUGUCAGUGGACGUGGAGCAGAACACUUCGAUCACACACUGUCUCAGGGGCUUCAGCAACACAGAGACGUUAUGCAGCGAGUAUAAAUAUUACUGUGAGCAAUGUCGCAGCAAACAGGAAGCUCAGAAACGGAUGAGGGUAAAAAAGCUGCCCAUGAUCCUCGCCCUCCACCUCAAGCGCUUUAAGUACAUGGACCAGCUGCACCGCUACACCAAGCUGUCCUAUCGCGUCGUCUUUCCGCUGGAGCUCCGCCUCUUCAACACGUCGGGCGACGCCACCAACCCCGACCGCAUGUACGACCUGGUCGCUGUUGUCGUCCACUGCGGCAGCGGUCCCAAUCGCGGACACUACAUCACCAUCGUCAAGAGCCACGGCUUCUGGCUGCUGUUUGACGACGACAUCGUGGAGAAAAUCGACGCGCAGGCGAUCGAGGAGUUCUACGGCCUGACGUCCGACAUCUCCAAGAACUCUGAGUCCGGAUACAUCCUGUUCUACCAGUCCAGAGACUGACGCGGCCAGCGGUGAAUUCCCCCAGCAGACUGUCUGGACUUGGCAGACGAGCCGCUGGCUGCCUCCCGUUCACUCACAUGAGUAUGCGGGCUUUAUUCCCCCUGCGGCAGGGAGCAGCUUUGACCCCAGGGCGCCGCUUGGGGAAACGGCUUCGAGGCGCGUGCUGGUUGCAUGCCAGCCUCCGGGAUUCCAAAUCCUCAGAGACCACACUGCAACAAGCACCUUAACAUACCAAGAAACCCCCCACUGUCUAACACUCGCUUUGCACUGUGGCACCAGGAACGGAGACCACGACGCCAAACCGAUCGUGUGUUUAUUAGCAGCUACAGAGGAGGCAGCAGCUUCUUUCUGAGUAUUAAUACCUUGCUAUGUUAGCUUCCCUCCUCAGCAGCGGUGGAACUGCCAGGUCAUGUGUUCACCGGCCAGGAAGUGAAGCGACCAUGAUCUGACAGCACUGUUAGAUGUCCAGCCAAUCACCUCAGACCUCUCUGACAUAAUGUAGGGUUGGAGACCGAGCGCUGCGUGAAAAAGCAGCGUUUCUAUGAUCAGUGGCUGAUAAGCAGUAUCUUAGCGCAAGGGAGCCAUUGGAGGGGUGGGAACACAUCGCAAACUGAUGAGCACAGCUCCGUAUUUAUGAUGAAAGAGCUAAAAAGUUAUUUUAUUUUAAAUAUUCAAAGAACAAGUGACGUAAACUGACCAAAAAUUCAAUUUGCAGUAUGUAUAACUUCACCUUUUCAGUGUUUUUAUCGGUUUAAUAUUGUCUUUCUUUACAAUGUAUUUUUAUUUUAUUUUAAGGUUUGCUUGGUUUUUAAGCAUCAGGAGGAGCAACGAGUCUUACAGUAGCAACUUUUGAAAGCUGUCCUGUUGUAGUUGAAUGAGGCUUGAAGGUUGGUUAUGAAGUGGUGUUGUGCCAUUAGGAGCCACGUUUGAUGACAUGAUGGAGAAAAGAAGAGAGAAGACUGAAGGAAGAGCAAGUCUGAAAGAAAUGCAUUUUUAAAAAACCUCUAAAGUAUCCACUUUAAUUUCUCAGCAGACUCAGUUCUGAUACACUACAAGGAUCUUAUCAAUGUCUGCCUCGUUCCGUUAGCGAUCCUAUCGAGCGCUGCUUAAUUGAGAAGAAUCUUUUCGCGACAGGUUUUUCUCUCUGCGAUCAGAAACGAUUCCCCAUUCCCACACAGGCUGCUAUAAAGCAGCAGAUUUAAAGACAGCCCUGUCUUUUCAUUUAGUGGUGACGCGUUUAGAACCGUUCGACUCCUAACGUGUUUAAAAAACAAAAAACAUUUUAUCAUCUCUGUGGCUUAAACUUCUCCCCAAGAGGUGAAAAUGCUUUAGGGAACUUCUCCUCCCCCACAUGUUACUUUGUGCUCCCAGCUGUGCAUGUGCUGAGUGAUGGCUAACUUUUUUCCCCUUUAUCUAAAAUAAAAGAUGUUGAUCUGUGCAGGGACUGUUUUGUACCUAAUUCAAAAGUAUAUUUUUUAUAAUCAACGUACAACCUGUGAGAACUGUUUAUGUAACUCAUAAACUAACAUUAACUCACCUAACA